CGGAAACCCGGAAGCGAUCGCAAUUUAAACAGCCAUCACAACAACAAUAAACGCGCACUUUCACUCUACGGGCUGUCUGAUGAAUCAAAAAUUUAUGGAAAAUUAAGCAAAAUCUCACAGGGGAUUGCUUCAAGUUUGCAGGUGAAAACCUAACUGAGGCAGUUCAAACUGACGGCACCAGUAUGGAAGAAGAAAUGAGGACGUCUGAGACAGAACAAGGAGAUCCUGCGAGCAAAGAGGGAGAGUCCAGUGUAAACAUGUCCAUCAACAGUCCAACCAAAAGAGGAAGGGGGAGGCCACAAGGCUCAAAGAAGCUUAAGGUUUGUGUUACAGACGUUAACCUAAUGGAGCUGGUUUCAGGCAUUUCCAAUGGUGGGCCUACACAGCCCCAGAGGGGAAGAGGGCGUCCAAAACUCAUGAAACACACAGAGCAGCAAGGAUCAGGUGACGACGAUGCUGAUAAUACUGUGCAAACUCGCAGGAGUCAAGGAGGGCCGAAAGGUCCCAGGAAACAGGCCGGUGAUGAAGACAAUGGUGUGACAGAUCAUUCUCCUAAGAAAAGAGGCAGGCCAAAAAAGUCUCUCAGCAAAAGCCCACUUGACAAGGCUGAUGAAGAAUUACCAAAUGGUGGCUCCGAUACGCCAAAACUGGGAAGGGGUCGUCCAAAAGGAUCCACGAAGCGCAAGUCAGAAAGUUUAACAAGUGUUGAAGACAACGAAAGUAGUUCUGUAACACCUAGGAAAAGAGGUCGACCAAAAGGCUCUCUCAAUAAUACACCCAGGCUGGACAGAGAGGUGAGCAGUGAGGGGGAGGUGGAGGCUGAUGGAAGCCUAAACUCACCGAAAAGGGGAAGUAGUCGGCUGAGGAAGGUGGAGGUAAAUAACGUCGGGGAGUGGACACAGGAGACCUCGAAUGGCAUCUCAAAGACCCCUCAGAGAGGGAGGGGAAGGCCAAGAAAAAAUAUUCAACAGGACAGCGGAGAUAAACAAGAACUAGUCACAGAUGGCUCCCAGCCAGCUAAGAGGGGAAGAGGUCGACCUAAAGGCUCUUUAAACAAGAAACCCCCCGCAUAUACGGUGCACGGUAAGGUGGGCCAUCCUCGGAGAGUACAUGUCCCGCCCACAAAAGGGAGGCGUGGUCGACCAAGAAAACAACCAGCCAAAAGAGGACGGCCAAGGAAGUACCCUCUGCCGUCACCUGAGGAGCUGAAAAAGCCAAAAGUAUGGAAGCCGUUGGGGAGGCCGAGGAAAUACCCACGCGUUGAACCUCCAGAGGGAGCUCCUCCAGCCCCUCGACGAAGCCGCGGUCGGCCUCGCAAGUCGGCGUCCAAAAAAGGUGCUCACUUACGCAAGAGUUUUCCUACCACUCCAUCGUCGCUGCACAACCCCAACGACGGACCUCCGAGAAAAAGGGGCCGUCCCCCAAGUACUCCAAAAAGCGAGGAGGGGACCCCGCGGAAAAGGGGCCGUCCUAAAGGUUCAGUCAACAAAAACAAAGCCAGAGGUGAACCACAGCUCGACAGCACACUCCCCAACCAUUCAAGGAGCGAUUCGUCUGCUGUUGGGGUGAAAAAUGAAGUGCACGAAACAGACAUGAUGCCCAUCGAGCACGGAGGCGAUGCAGGAGAGACGCUUGAUCAGGAUGCGAGCUUUGAAGUUAGUAACCAGGCUUGAUGAACAAUCCCGGUCUGACCAAAAAAGUUGCUGUAGUAGUCACCAUUUAAAACAUUGAAUACAAUCUUGUCAAUGAAAACACGUUUUUAACAUUUUGUCAGUCGGGUAGGCUAGAUAUUCAGCAGCUCUUCUGUUUCCCUGACUAACUUGUUAAUGUUGUUUUAUUGUGCUUGAUUUAAAAAAAAAAAAACUCCAUUCCUGUCAUCUGAGUAAGCAGUGGUACUAAUAAUCUUUUCCUAGAACUGGCAUGUAUAGUUUAUUAUUAUAGACUGAUCAGUCCAGUUUUCAUUUAGCUUUCAGAAGUAGUGUUUGUCAGUUUAACUGUAACCGUAAAACGUUUGCUGGGGAAUAACUUGGAUGGAGAAAAAGAAGUCCAGACAAAUGUUGGAGAGAUGAGGGGGGAAAAAGAAAAAAAUAUGCUAUAGAGAGCUGAAGUCAUGACGUCUUAUCCAGGCUAGCCACUAACUUCUGUGACUCAGUGCAAUCUGUCAUUCAGCAUGUCUCGUCUGUCUUCCCCAAAAAGUGUUCCUGGGGUUCACUAUCCAUUCCUCUAUGAGAAACUGGCAUAUGAAUAAAGAGCAACACAGGCCUCAAUCACUUUCUUUGAAAAUGUUAACAAGGUGUUUGCCAACUGAUAGCAAAACACACACCCUCUAUUAUGGUACUGCUCUUCUAGCCAAGACUUAUAUCAUGGGAAGGUCAUUUGAAUGGAUACAUUUAUGCAUAUGCCUCUGAGUUGAUCAGAUGAGACAUCAAGAACUUGGACAAUGUGUUUUUUUUUUUUUUACUUAAUUGUAAGUGGUUUUAGUUGCCAUUGUAUAAUACAAUGUAUCGAAUGACAAUAUGAAAACAACGAGAAAUGAGUCGCUCAUAACAAUGAACCCGAAGAGAAAAAUGAACAGAAUCUGCAGCUCGUUGUUCAGCGUCUGGCCCACAGCUUUACUGUUUUGGUUCACUCUCAUCGCUCUCAUAAUGUAGUUUUCUGCCGCAGGAGAAGCAGCAUCUAGCAGCCUGAGCCAGAUGUCUCCCUCAGGAUUUGUAGAGAAUACAAACAGCUGAAUGAGAGUGACAUCGCCAGGUGACUACAAACACGACUCCAGAUUAAUGAUAAUGUUUCUCUGUAGCUGCUGGAUGUGUAAAUAAGCAACUGUUUGCUAACAACUUUGUCGUAGCAACUUAAACGGUGAUGAUAUGCCAAUGGGCCGUUUGCCAAGUGGCCACAACAGGUAUUGAACAAGUGAUAUAAGUUGAGAUCAAAGAUUCACAAGAGAGGAGUUGAAACGUGCAACUACUUGCAAGGCGCUGGUCUGCAACGUUCCUGCCAGUUUACACCAGUCGGACUAGAUGAGUACAUUGUUUCCGUAGCAACAACUCUUUGUACUCCUGUUGUUACUACCGGCUUUUCAGGGUUUUUUCUGUAGCUGGAUAUAUUUUGUAGUGUCUUUAAUACAUGAAUGAGGAUAGUGAGGUACCUGCUACAGUUGUAUUUCCUGUAUUGACCAGCUUAUGGUUUGUAACUGACUCGACCAGCUGACUUUGCUACAAGCUGAAAGGCUGUUUAAACAGGUGACGUGCCUUAGUUAUAGAACCAGCCACUGGCGACUGGACAAGCUGAGUUGCAGACGGCGCCAUCAUCCAGCGCCAUCAGGUUGUUUGAGUUGAGUUAGGGUCAGGUUGGUUUCAUGAAAUGGUUUCAUGUGAAUCUUUGGUCUGAACUGAGCAUUAGUAAUUUGCGUUAUUUAACAUGUUAAUGCCAUUCUGAAUGAGGUUUUUUAAAAGCUGCAAUGAUUUAUUGAUUUGUUGUAAAUUCAUUGCUAACUAUUUUGAUAAUCAAUUAAUUGGUUUGAGUUUUUUUUUUUUUUUUUUUUUUAAAGUGAAUUCUCUGAUUCCAGCUUCUUUAAUGUGAAUUUUCUGGUCUCUUCACUCCUUUAUGAGAGUAAACUGAAUAUCUUUGGAUUGUUGACAAAACGAGACAUUUGAGGAUGUCAUCUUGGGCUUUGGGAAACACUUAUUUAACACUUAACGUUUUUCGGCACUUUCUGACAUUUUAUAGAUCAAACAACUAAUCUUUUAAUUGAGAAAAUGAUCAAUGACAAUAAUUGUUAGUUGAAGCCCUAGUUUUUUCCUGCUUCUGGAACAGAACCCGGAAGUUGCGGCUUCGCUUCAGCUCUCUAUUGAGUGUCUGCGAGGAGAGUUUGAUGCCUUGCAGGAUAAAAUAUGUCCAAGUGAUGUCAUAAUUUCCUCAAUGCCAUUUCACAGUCAGUCAUGUCUUCAUAUUUGUUUUGCCUUAAUUGCCAAAGCUUUGAAUGUACCAUCAGUUACCGUUACUUCGAUCAGUGAGUGGUCCUGCACAGAUCAGUCUCUUGCGACAUGCAUUCCUGGACAGAACGAAAAGCUCUGUAUCGAACGCCUUCCCGCCACUCACAGUCGCCCCGAAGAUUUCCUCCCACUUUGACCAUUUCCCUUUUUAGUUUCAGCCGGUAUGGAGUUGCAGUAGUUCUUUCACUCUGUCCUCUAAAUGUUUACGUGUAACUGUGAAGCCUUUUUUUGUUUGUUUUGUUUUGUUUUAUACCUUUGAGACUGUCAUGAGAUUAAAUUCAAGUACUUGGAUUAAUUUAACAAACGUUCAUUUACUUGUUUUGAGCACCAAGUGUAAAAAAUUGCGUGAAAUGAUUUGCACAUCAUUAUUACUGAUAUUACCACCUGUAUGGUGGGGACAAACAAUUGGGAGUUUAUAAAUGCCAAAAUGUGCUUUGGUGUGUCACGUUGUCAUAUGUAAAAAGAAUGUGAGAUGACGAUGGAAAUGGAGGUUUAAGGUUGAAAAAAAAACACAUUGAAAUUUGAGCUGGCUUUGUGAAGUCAAAUCAUUUUAAGUGGACAUAUUUGGAUUUUGUGUGUUUUGAACAAGAAGUCAAUAAUUUGUGAGAUUAUGCUCUUCAAAUAAAAUGUUGAUCUUGCCGUUUUAUUAAG